AUGAAAAUCGACAUGAUACUGCCCGGUGUUGUAUGUUGGAUAUUUUUAAUGUUAACCGUUGUGCAUUCAUUUGCUUUUGAACAUCAAAUUGGAAAAGAUGUUAAUGCAGAUGAUGAACAAAAAAUACAUAUUUUAGAACAACAUCCAUCAACUUUACUAUCAUUAUUAGAAGAUUCCCAUCCGACAAAAUUUUAUCCCGUCUAUCAAGAAAGUGACAUUAAUGAUUUUGACGAUGAAAAUGAUAGUUCAGAUGAUGAACAUGAAUUAGAAAAAAGACGUUUUAACGCAUGGGCUGGUAAACGUAUGGUUCCGACAAAACAACGAUUUAAUGCUUGGGCUGGUAAACGAUCAAUACCAUUUUAUUUACGUGAAGGUCGACGAUUUAAUGCUUGGGCUGGAAAAUAA